AUGCUAUGUUUGCAGGCAGCCCCCCACCCCCCAAACCCCCUCCCGUCUGUGAAGAAACAUGUGACAUCACCGCCUGGCUGCCCCUCCCUUAACCAGCUCCUGCGAUCCCCUCCGCCUUCCAAUCGGAAACCAGUGAAAGCCCGUCACGUGCCCGUAUCCCCCCCUUUUUUUGGUCCCGGUUACCAUGACGACGAGCACUGGUCCAGGCAGCAUCUUGGCGUGCUGAGAGGCAGAGAAGAAGGGGAGGUGGAAAAGGGGAGGGCGAGUGGAGGCGGCGAGGACAGAUGA